AUGUUGGAUAGUUCUGCUUAUAAGCUGGCAUCGUGCAUAUUUGUCGAUACAACACCACUGACAUUCAGAUUAUGGGAUCCCCAAAAUUUGGAGAUGAUUGCCCAACUACCUCGAAAAAAUCAUAUCCAAAUGCAUUGCGAGUUUAUCGAUGACAAGUUGCUCGCUUCUACGAGUAACGGCUUCAAUGGUUACGGGUGCGAGAUAUCGAUCUGGGACUUGAGGACACGAAAGUUAUUAAAAGAACUCAAGGGCCAUGAAGGUUCUGUACCUUGCGUCGCAAACCUCACGCAGCAAGUUACCUUAAAGAAGCUAAUGAUGAGCGUUUCGAUGGAUAAGUCAAUACGAAUAUGGAACAUAGAAGAUGGAGGUAAGCUUUUACUUUGA